AUGAACUUGAAUCAAGCAUUAUUGUUUAAUUGUAAAUGGAAAAAUAUCAAAAUUCAUGAGUUAAAUAAACUAGAUGGACAUCAUGGAAACAUCAAUUAGGUCUGCUUUUCUCCAGAUGGUAAAUCAUUGGCUUCUUGUAGUGAUGAUAAUUUGAUUAUAUUGUGGGAUAUUAAAACUGGGAAAAAAAAGUUUAGAAUCAAGGAAAAAUGGGAGGUAAAAUCAGUAUGCAUUUCACCUAAUAAUACUAUAUUAGCCUUCAGCAGUAGAUAAUUUGUGUAUUUAUGGAAUCUUAAAACGGGGAAAUUUAUAGUGAAACUAGGUGGUCAUUCAAGUGCUGUUUAUUCAAUUUGUUACUCUCCUGAUGGUACUACAUUAGCAUCUGGUAGUUAUGAUAAGUCUAUACGUUAAUGGGAUGUUAAGACAGGAUAAUAAAAAGCCAAAUUAGAUGGUCAUUCUGGAACAGUUUAUUCAAUUUGUUACUCUCCUGAUGGUACGACAUUAGCAUCUGGUGGUUCAGAUAACUCCAUCCGUUUAUGGGAUGCUAAGACAGGAUAAUAAAAAACCAAAUUAGAUGGUCAUUCAAGUGGUGUUUAUUCAAUUUGUUACUCUUCUAUUGGUACGACAGUAGCAUCUGGUAGUGAUGAUAACUCUAUCCGUUUAUGGGAUGUUUAGACAGGAUAAUAAAAAGCAAAAUUAGAUGGUCAUUAAAGUUGUGUGUAUUCAAUUUGUUACUCUCCUGAUGGUACUAUAUUAGCAUCUGGUGGUGGGAAUUAAUAUGGUGGUGGAGAUUGUUCUAUCCGUUUAUGGGAUGUUAAGACAGGAUAAUAAAAAGCCAAAUUAGAUGAUCAUUCAUCUGGUGUUACUUCCAUUUGUUACUCUCCUGAUGGGACUACAUUAGCAUCUAGUGGUUCAGAUAACUCCAUCCGUUUAUGGGAUGUAAAGACAGGAUAAUAAAAAGUCAAAUUAGAUGGUCAUGAAAGUGGUGUUUAUUCAAUUUGUUACUCUCCUGAUGGUACUAUAUUAGCAUCUGGUGGUGGGAAUUAAUAUGGUGGAGAUUGUUCUAUCUGUUUAUGGGAUGUUAAGACAGGAUAAUAAAAAGCUGAAUUAGAAGGUCAUUCAAGUUGGGUUACUUCAAUUUGUUACUCUCCUGAAGGCUCUACAUUAGCAUCUGGUAGUUCAGAUAACUCUAUCCGUUUUUGGGAUUUUAAGACAGGAUAAUAAAAAGCCAAAUUAGAUGGUCAUUCUAAUUAUGUUAAAUCAAUUUGUUACUCUCAUGAUGGUUCUGCAUUAGCAUCUGGUAGUUGGGAUAACUCCAUCCGUUUUUGGGAUGUUAAGACAGGAUAAUAAAAAGCCAAAUUAGAUGGUCAUUCAUAAGGUGUUAAUUCAAUUUGUUACUCUCCAGAUGGUAUUACAUUAGCAUCUGCUAGUUUGGAUAAGUCUAUCCGUUUAUGGGAUGUUAAGACAGGAUAAUAAAAAGCCAAAUUAGAUGGUCAUUCAUAAGGUGUUAAUUCAAUUUGUUACUCUCCAGAUGGUUCUACAUUAGCAUCUGGUAGUUUGGAUAACUCUAUCCGUUUAUGGGAUGUUAAAACAGGAUAAUAAAAAGCCAAAUUAGAUGGUCAUUCUGGAACAUUUUAUUCAAUUUGUUACUCUCCUGAUGGUACUACAUUAGCAUCUGGUGGUUCAGAUAACUCCAUCCGUUUAUAUGAUGUUAAGACGGGAUAAUAAAAAACCAAAUUAGAUGGUCAUUCAAGUGUUGUUAAUUCAAUUUGUUACUCUCCUAAUGGUACUACAUUAGCAUCUGGUAGUAGGGAUACCUCUAUCCGUUUAUGGGAUGUAAAAACGUCAAAGGAAAUACUAUAAUCAGACAAUAGGUAUACAGAUUUGCUUAACAUACCUCUUAAGAAUAGCUCCUUAUUGCCAAAUGGUAUUUUUUAUUAAUUAUUAUUUAGGUAAUCCUGAUUGUACAUUACUUAGAAUAUGUUAGAAUUAUUUGUUAGAAGCAUCAGGAACACUUAUACUAUAUGGACAAUUCAUUAAUCAUUAAGAGAAAGAUUUAAAACCAUUGUUUAAAUCUAAAGGAAGUUUCUUUUUAGAAGACAUAAAGCAAAAGAAGUGA